AUGGCAAUACGAUAUCACUUCGUACGAUCCCGCGACGAAGCAAGGCGGUUUGUUCGCCGGAUACAUAGACACGUUUCUGAAGUUGAAGCAGGAGGCUAGCGGCUGGCCGGCGGAAUGCGAUGACGCGACAUCUCGCCAACGCUACGUAGAGGAAUACGAGCGCGUCGAGGGGAUCCGCCUGGACGGGUCCAAGAUAGCUAAAAACGCCGGGCUGCGUUCGGUGGCGAAACUUUGCCUGAAUUCGUUCUGGGGUAAAUUCGGGCAGCGCGAUAAUUUACCGCGUACAGAGGUGAUCAACGAGCGGCAGAGGCUCUUGGAGCUUCUCACCGAUCCGGACGUCGAGGUUCACGAUAUUUUGCCCGUAAACGAGCGGAUUCUUUACGCGCGAUGGGGACGUACGGGGGAAAGCGCGAUACCGUCGCCCAUGACCAACGUCGUCUUAGCCGCCUACACCACGGCCCAAGCGCGUUUGAAGCUCUACAGCUAUCUGGAAAAAUUGCAGCGUAGGGUAUUGUAUUUCGACACCGACUCUGUCAUUUACGUGGAGAGCGAGAACACCCGCGACGAAUACAAACCGCCGACAGGGAAUUUUCUGGGCGACUUGACGGACGAAUUGGCGGCUUACGGCCCCGGUAGCUAUAUACGAUCGUUCGUCUCGGGGGGUCCGAAAUUUUACGCCUUUGUAGUGAAACGCCCGGGCGAUCGGGAUGAGGUCGAGGUGUGCAAGGUCAAAGGCGUUACUUUGAACUAUCAGACAGGUCUAAAGAUAAAUUUUCAAUCCGUCCGAAGCAUGGUGACCGACGCCCACGAUCCUAUCACGGUGGAGCGACGCGCUAUCCAGCGCACCAACCUGCAUCACGUGGUAACGCGCACGAUCUCCAAAACGUGUCGCCCGGUUCAAUCGAAGCGUCGGCUCUGUCCAAACAGCUACGACACGCUACCCUUCGGUUACAAGGCGACAUGAACGAUUGUACACGGCGUGCAAAGUAUUUGAGUCCGUUAACGAUAACGAAGAAAAUAAGCAAUUCGCCUCGACGUUGCUCUCACUCUCAAUGUAUAUCCUCGCACGGCACGUGCGAAACACACACACACACACACACACACAUACAUGUGCAUCUCCGAAGAAGCCGUGCGCCAGUACGACGCGGUAACCGAUCACAUUACCAGAUGAAUCGGAGUUCGGAGUACUCGCCAUGGACACGCGUUGGAAGCAUCCUUUUUCCGCCAUCGUCGCCGGACCAUCCGGCUGCGGGAAAUCUAAUUUCGUCAAAACAUUUCUGCGACACAUCGGUGAUAUGUGCGACGCAAAGUUCGCGCGAAUCAUCUGGUAUUACGCAGAAUGGCAACCGCUGUACGGCGCAACGGCGACGUCCGAUCGUUCGCCGGUUAUCGAGUAUCGCGAGGGAUUACCCCAGCAGGGUGACUACGACUCCGACGACGCGAAACUUCCAAAGUUGCUGAUUCUCGACGAUUUGAUGCGCGAAUCGUCCAACGGGGCCGUCGUCGAUCUCUUCACCAAGGGGUGUCACCACAAGAAUCUCAGCGUGUUUCUCAUCACGCAGAAUCUCUUUCAUCAAGGUCGCGGUCAGCGGGAUAUCUCGCUGAACGCGAACUAUAUAAUAUUCUUUAAGAACCCCCGCGACCGGGCGCAAAUACAACACCUCGCGCGCCAAGUUUACCCCGAGGAUCCGCGCUUCGUACAGGAAGCCUACAACGACGCCACGAAUCGGCCCCACGGAUAUUUACUGCUCGAUCUGAAGCAAUCGACGCCCGAAAACUGCCGAUUUCGCACAGAUAUAUUUCCCACGGACGAACACCGCUACGUUUACCUACCGCGGAAGGAUAUAAAGCGAGACGGGCCGCGGGGUGCUCCAGUAUUUCACCUGUAAUGUCACCGCGAACAGGUCGACCAGGGCGGUUCGGUUCAUCCAACACCGCGGUGUUACACGCCCUUUGCAAAUUGAGCGGUCCUCAAC